CCGUUCAGCCCUGCUGUUUUUCUCCACAUGUCGGAGCGAGCCGUCGGCUCGCGUCUCAAACCUCGCAUCUUCGCGUUCGCAGCUCUACAUGCGCUCCGCGGAUCAUAAACACCAGAUUGCACCAAAUGGCGAUGGAGCAGCACGAGCCCGAAAAUGCCGGGAAGCCCCCGCCAGCAAACUCAGAAAACCUAGCUAGUCACAUGACCUCGCCGCCCGCCCCUUUUGUGCUGUCGUCCUGGCCCCGCAAAUCGAUACUCAAGCACAAAGAGUCCGAAAAUGCCACCGUUCCUAUAUCGUUUGGAUCCAGGACCUCCCAACCUCAGCCGGAAAGACCGGUCGAUCGACGCGUCUCGUUUGCAGAGAGAGUACAGCUACAUAAAAUCGACACAGGCCACAACGGCGAAACCCGCCGGGAUCACAACUCAGAUGACCACGCGAAUGAAGAUGAGAGCUCCGAUAUUGACACCAGUUUUCUGGCUCUAGAGGCCGACGCCGAUAAAGUGCUUUCUUUGCUACAGCAAAACAAUCUAUCGGCUGAUCAAGACUUGGGGCACUCGGAUAAUACCGAUGUCGUCCCGGAUCUCCAUGGUUUGUCCAACAGUCCAACUUCCUACUUGAACGAUGCAAAUAUAUCCGACGAGGACUCUGAAAAUUCCAUGGAACUUACAGGCCCUAUUCUGUCAAAACCCUCUCCGGCGGGCGUUUCCGAAAAUGCAGUGUUGGACUCCGGGAGUCACCCACAAGAUGGCCUUUCCGAAGCAGGCCCUUCUCACAAGCCUCUGUGCGUGGGUCCCGGGAAUUUGCUUCACAGGGACAAGAACAUGAGCACUCAUUUUGAUGGUUUGUCGCACGCAGACUUUCCCGCAAACAAUGCUGGGCUUGAAACCAUCACUUCUCAGUUGCCCGAAGAUGCACCUCAUGCGUUUGGUCUGCAAUCUGACUUCUCGUACAGUGCCCGGAGCCUUGAGUUCAGCCACGCAAGUGCAAUCUCCCCUGGGAAUAACUUGAUGCUAUCGCACCACGAGAGCCAUGCCCCAUCGCUCACUUCCUCGGAAGACUUUCUUGAUGGCGAGGAGGACAUGGAGUUUACUCUGCAAGUCGAACACUUGAAGUAUGAGGAGUUGACGAUGGAAUUGACGCUUCCCCAGACAUCUAGCGUCGCCAGUCUUGUCACACAAUCCGCGGGGCUCGAAAACUCGCUCAGGGUAUUUGAAACCACAAUGAACAUGAUUGACCCAAACAUGUUUUCUCGCAGCUCUGACCACAACAAUGCCGACGAAGUCACUAUGGAACUCACCACGCCGGUGCAGGCGUUAGCAAAGGACUCACCGGUGAACGAUGCGGAAGAGUUGACCAUGGAACUCACCAAGCCCAUUGACAGAGAAUCGGUUGCUCCUUCAGAAAUCAACACGGGGCCUUCCCCAGAUCUCGAUCAAUCCGUGCCUUCAGACGACGAGUCGGCCAUGGAACUAACUCAGCCGGUAAGCGCUCCGACCGAAACUGCAGAUGCGAAGGCCCAAACAAAUGACGCGGAGCUUUCUAAAUUCGAGACCCAGAUAAGCGUGUCUCCCAUAUAUGUAAAAAGCCAGGAAUCUGUCGGCGAGACCUCUGUAUCCGAACCGGCAAAUGAUGACGACAAAAAUAUUGGGGCGGAGGAUCUUAGCACCAUCAAUGAAGAAGACUCGGAUCUUGACUUACUGGAAGAAAACAGCGCUGAAAUGGCUCCUGCUACCGAAACGGUGCAAACACCAACGAACAUCGAGACUCCAGGAGAGGAUGUGAUGAGCAUUCCUAAUGAUUCCCAGACUGGCCACAACAAAGCCAACUUUGAUUCUCGAAGCUCGAGCUUGUCUGCACUGAGUGAUGUCAACAAUUAUGAUGAAGACUCCCCCCAGGAAUAUAUGGCAGGGAAGCAUUCUCUCGGCCCGGCCAUGAACCCGAGCCCUACAAAAAAGCUCAAAGCAAGUAAAACCUCUGAUGACGCGCUGGACCCAGGGUCUAUCGAAUACAAGGAACUUCUCCAGAACAAUUGGGACGUUCCAGAAAUCUCCCUCACAGACUUUCUUGAGAACAUCGGAGUCAAGUUUUAUGAUGAUCUCGAGUUGGCGACUGACUUCUCGGCAAUGUAUCAUGCUUCUUCAUUAGGCACAGGUUCACAGCCCAGGGAUGCCUAUUAUAAAGCAGUCAUUCAGCUCCCGAUCUUCGAAAUGUACGAGUUGACCUGCAAAGAGCUAACGGCUCAAAUACAAGAAGGAAAGAGAAAUUUCGACAAACUCAAAGAGGAAUGCCAACAGAGUAACCCUUUCUUAUUCAAGCAUUACCUCUCUUCGGAACCUCAUGAACAACUGGCAAUGAGGACCAAUUAUCAUGUGGUAAAAGAAUAUUCAAGACAAAAAGCAAAAGGACUGUGGUAUGAGUGGAGAAAGAAAAUUAUUCAAAAUGUACUCCAUGUGUAUCAAAACAGCUAUGAGGCUCUUCAAGAAGAAAGGAUAGCACUUGAGUCCCAAAUUGGCUCCAUGGAUCACCAAAUAGCUUCGAUUCAUAAUCAGCUUCGGGCCUUGACUUUUGAUCUAAGAAGAUUCAAAGAAAUCCAAGCCGACUCAAAGGGGUUGGACAGACAGCAUGUCUACGAAAUGAAAGCUCGUAUGGUUGAACUCAACAAAAGUCUCUUGAAUCAUAAGACUUUGAUUUCUGAAAAGGAGGAUUCUGUACAGGCUCUUCAGAAGGAAAUAGACGACAGAUCAAUCGGCAUGAAGCAGCUCAGGUCACUGCUUUCUGGAGCAGAGGAGGAGUUGAACAAAAUGAAGCAUUACAACAGCAAGGAGAUCAAAGAUUUACAAGUAUCAACCCAAAUUUUGCAAGCUUGUGCCGGACUCAAGUUUGUGGGUCACCAGAAACAUUUGUACGAAUUUGAGAUCGAUCCAAGAAUCCGGAUCAUGGUGGACGCAACAACUCUCGCCGAUCAACCGAAACUUCUGUGUCAAGUGUCAGAAACAGGAAAUUCCUCCCUUUUCAACGAAAAUAUGAUUGCUGCGUUCCGUGAUGUUCUAGAUAGGCAAGAGAUUGCUAAUGCUACAAACGCCACUGAGACAUUCAGGAAAAUAAGAGAGCUCUGGCUCAAAAUCAAGCUUGUUGACCAAGAAAUAUACAGGGUCAAUCUAUUGUACCCUGUAUGUUUUCUACAUGAUGAUAGUCAUCUGAUCGACUUCAGAUUUGACUAUCUCUCUUUCGACGCGAAAACCAAGAUUGAAUUCACAGUCUCAAUCCCAAAGCAUAACUUGUUGCUCUACCCCGAGGGUAAUACGGUAAGGGCGCGGUUGCUUAGAGGUGAUGGCGACACCGACACGUACAUCAAAAAUGCUCUCCUGGAGGUAGGAGACAAGCUUGUUAUUUUCACGCAAACGGAAAUAUAAGAAUGUAUAAGGUCCUAUCUUUAUUCUUGCAGUCUUCCGCGCGAUAGUUCGGGGCGGAGCUCUUCUGCAUCCGGUGAUUCCGUG